ACUAGUUCUGCGUGCCCUGCCUUGUGACUCUCCCUGCUCUGUCUCCGGGGCCUUCCCCAGCCCGACCCAAGAGAAUUUCCAUCAGCCUCGGGCCAGUGUACACAGUCCUCGCUGGCUUUCUUGAAGGCCACACAGCCUGGACAAAGCUGCAGCUCCCAGGGUUGUGGCCCAGAAAACACUUGAUCCGGAGCCAAGGCUCUCCACAGCUGAGCAGUGUCCCCUCGUUCACUCCUGAGACACUCUGUCCCUUGGCACCAAAGCACCGUUUCUGGGAAGGCCAGUGGACAGCUUUUUAGAGCUCAAUGCCCCUGUCAGCUGCAGAGCCAGCAGGUGGUUCUGACUAUCCUGCCAGCCCCUCUGUAGACACCAGCCAUCCUGGGUCUGAGGCUGGAGAGCAGAAAGCAUUCUGAGGCCCCAGGACCCCCUCAUCUGCCCUCCCUCAGAGUGGCUCCAGUCUUCCAGCAUCUAGAGGGCUUUAAAUCAAAGCUGGAGCACACAGCCUAGCAACUCUUAGGCCACUCAGUCCCACACACCCUGCCUCAGUAGAUUCAGAUCCCGUGACUGAGGACUGAGGAACUUUGCCUUCCUCAUACUAACGGUGACUUCACUAACCGUCUUCUGCCUGCCCCACGCUAAGUAACAAUCCCCAGUACCACCCAGGAGAGAAACCGGAGGGAUCAAGGGAGAACAGGUGAAGUCCAGGAGUCAGCACCCUGAGCCAGCAGUGUCUUGCAGUAGUCCCCAUGGCCUGCCUGAGUCCCUCACAGCUCAAAAAGUUUCAGGAGGAUGGGUUUCUGCUGUUGGAAGGAUUCUUGACGGCCGAAGAGUGUGUGGCCAUGCAAGAGAGGAUUGGUGAGAUUGUGGCUGAGAUGGACGUCCCUCUGCACUGUCGGACAGAGUUUUCCACCCAGGAAGAUGAGCAGCUUCGAACUCAGGGCAACACAGACUACUUCUUGAGCAGUGGUGACAAGGUUCGGUUCUUCUUCGAGAAAGGCGUUUUUGACAAGAAAGGAAAUUUCUUGGUCCCUCCAGAGAAAUCUGUCAACAAAAUCGGUCAUGCUCUGCAUGCCCAUGAACCUGUCUUCAGGAGUGUGACACAUUCUCCCAAGGUGCAGGCUUUGAUCAGAAGUUUGGGCCUCCAGCUGCCAGUGGUGGUGCAGAGCAUGUAUAUCUUUAAGCAACCUCACUUUGGCGGUGAAGUCUUCCCUCACCAAGAUGCUACCUUUCUGUACACGGAGCCUCUGGGUCGUGUGCUGGGCGUGUGGAUUGCGAUGGAGGAUGCCACGUUGGAGAACGGCUGCCUCUGGUUCAUCCCUGGCUCCCAUACUAGUGGGGUGUCAAGAAGAAUGAUCAGAGCCCCAGCAGGCUCCAGCCCUGCCACCAGCUUCCUUGGGUCAGAGCCAGCCUGGGAUAACAACCUCUUUGUGCCUUUGCCAGUGCGGAGAGGGGGUCUGGUCCUGAUCCACGGACAAGUGGUGCAUAAGAGUGAGCAGAACCUCUCCGACCGCUCACGCCAGGCCUAUACUUUCCACCUCAUGGAGGCCGCUGCCGGCACUGUCUGGAGCCCAGAGAACUGGCUGCAGCCCACGACUGAGCUGCCUUUCCCUCCGCUGUACAUCUAAAGGCCCUGGCAGAUCUGGGCUAGUCUGCCAUGGAGUGAAGUUGCCAACACCAGGGCCUCUGGCUGCAACCCAAGGGCACAUCCUCCUGUAUGGGCUUUUUUUUCUGAUGGUGUCUGUGACCUUGGCCCAGCAGACAGGGAGACAAGAAGCAGAGGUGGCAGGGCAGCAGCCCAGGCAGGGUGAAGGGUUUCCUCCACAAUUUUGCCUGUCACCUCUCUGUCCUAACCCAGCCUUCUGAAGUGCCCUCUCAGCAGUGAAAGGAUCCUGGCUGAGUUCCAGUUUUCUCUUGGAUGGAAGUUACUGUGUAAAGCACCGAAUAAAAAUGACUUAGAGUAUA